AUGUACUUCCAGAAUAUCGUCAUCUUCGCCCUGCUAGGCCUCAUAACCAGCGUGGCGACCCUUCCCAACCCUCAAAGCGAGCGUCAUGCGGUCGUGAUACCAAGGCUUCCCCCCAGCAUGGUGUUGCGAAGAGAUCAUGAUGAUAAUGACAACGAUGACAACAAUGCCAGCCAGACUAGCAGCGCCAGUAGCGGUGCCACCUCAUCAGCCAGCGCCGCGGCUAUCACCUCGGGUCUGCCUGAGAACCUGCAGAAGCUGGUCGAUGAUGGGAGCCUCUCGUGCACUAUAGAUGCUACGGGGGCGGCGUCUUGUAAAGACAAGGAUACUGGAAAUACAUUCCAAACUACUCUGGAUGGUUCCAACUAA